UCCCGUAAGUCACUCUCGAUGUUACUAGAGGCAAGAUGGGCCACGUUGCGAUCUCUGCUCUGUGUCUGCUGUUCCUGGCUGCCUUCCUACAGGGAGCAUGCGCCGCGGGACCGAGCAAAUCCCAGAUGAAACAAGCACUCAGAAUGGUGCGUAACAUAUGUCAGCCGAAAACUGGAGCCUCCACAGCUGCCAUCGACGGGAUUAUGAAAGGAAGGUUCCCCGAUGAUGACAGACUUAAGGAAUACUGCAACUGCAUUCUUGGCCUCAUGAAACUUAUGAAGAACAAUAAGUUUGAUGCGGAUGGGGGUCUAGCGAACAUAGAGAAGCUGCCCGAGAGCUUGAAAGGGCCCUUGAAAGAGGGGGUCACCAAAUGUCGCAAGGCGGAUGCAGGGACCACAGAGGCACGCGAGUCGGCCUACGCAGUUGUGAAGUGCAUGUACAAUGCCAUACCAGAUCAAUUCAUAUUCCCGUAAAGGAAGCUGCAACAGGGAACAUGGGUCUAGAGGCUGUGAAAAUAAUUCUGUUGUGAAAGGCUGCAUAUGCAAAAAUAAAGAAUUUUGUCUGCUUA